ACUGCCUCGCAGCUCUCUGAAGCGUCACAUGCAGCAUUACAACGACUUGAAAAAGAAUGUAAUGAAUGAUACCAUGACUAAAAAAUUCAACAGAAUAGCAGGGCAACCAGAAGUGAAAAGAAGAUGGAUAGUAAAUGACUUCACUAAAAAAAUCAAUCAUGAAUUAGGAGAAGGAAUUAAAACAGAAAAAAUCGAUAUACGAGCAGCAAGAAGCAUAAAAAACCUCCAACAAAGGCAGAGGAAAGGCGAGGUCAUUCUCAGAAAAACUGAUAAAUCUAAGGUAUUUUAUGCGAGUAAACCCGAUGAACACCUAACUAAAUCAGAUCAAUAUAUGAAAAAACUCAAGCAUAUGAGGAACUAGCAGAGAAUCCAACAAAUCACGUGUUUGAAAAAACAGGUACGUUUCUACAAAGCAUAUUAAGAAACAAAGAGAUUACACAGUCAGCAUACAGAAAAUUAGCCCCAUUAGCUAGUCAAACCGCUUUGCCGCACUUAUAUUUUAAUCCGAAAGAUCACAAAUUAGGCGUACCACUAAGACCGAUCAUAGCCGGUAUACAAUCAGGUACAACAAAAAUAUCCAAAUAUUUAGAUAGUCUUCUGAGACCUAUCUUUGAUAAAGCAACAGACGAAUAUACAUUACAGAACUCAUUAGAUUUUAUUUCUAAGCUCAAACAAUAUGAGAUAACAGAACGGAGCUUGUUAAUAACGUUUGAUAUAAGUGAUCUUUAUACGGUGAUACCACAAGAAAGUGCAGUACAAGCAUUAUUAACUUAG